ACCCCCUGACCCCAAUUUGCAAUGGUUGCACUGAAAAAUACACUAAAAGAAAAUGUCUUCACUUAUUGUUAAACAAAUAGGAAAUUUUGGGAGAGUGUCUUUUUCAGGAAAAAGGUGGAGUUUAGUUUACUGCCAAGCAUGUUCAGUUUCGUGUAAAAAAAAAGAUUUUGGAAGAAAACACAGUGGGUUUCAAGCAUCUUCUGUUAAUAGGUCAACAGUAAAACCCUCAUCCCAGAACUGGUUGUUUACAUCUAAAUAUCUUAUAUACCCAACAGGAAUCGAUCUUAACUCACAACUAGUAACUAAGGCCCAGCACACUUGGAAAAUUAGCUCAUCUCAUAAUGCCGUUAAUUUACUGCCCAGUCUAGCUGCAUUCUCUGUAAAAAAUCAUGUCACCAAUCAUUACCAAUACCAGCCCAUUCGACAUAUCCAAACCUCUGCAUCAUGGUGCAAGGAGGAAUCAAAAGUUGAAAAAACCGUCAAAGCUCUUAAAGACAGUGCAAACUCUCCCACUGUGCCUGCAGUGGAGCCAGAAAAAACUGCCGUUGUGGCCAAAAAGAGCAUAUGGCAAAAAAUUGUUGGAGUGUGUAAACAUUACUAUCAUGGUUUCCGUCUUCUAGCUAUUGAUGUUAAAAUUUGUACCAAACUGUUGUGGCAGUUGAUGAAUGGGAAAAGCUUGACAAGGAGAGAGUACAACCAGUUGGUUCGCACAACAGCAGAUAUGUUUCGUCUACUGCCAAUGUUGGUUUUCAUCAUUGUUCCAUUUGCAGAAUUCCUUCUGCCAUUUGUCCUUCACUUUUUCCCCAAUAUGUUGCCAAGUACAUUUAAAGAAACAGAUGAGAAAGUAGAAAAUGAAAAGACCAAGAAAACACUAAAAGCCAAGAUAGAAAUGGCAAAGUUUUUGCAAAAAACCAUCAAGGAGUCUGCAGUAGAGGCAAAAAAACAAGAAGGACAAACUGCUCAAUCGUUUGCUUCAUUUAUUGAUAAGAUUAGAACAGAAGGAACCAAGCCCAGUACAACAGACAUAAUGAAAUUUGCCAAACUGUUUGAAGAUGAGAUAACUCUAGAUAACUUGUCACGUCAGCAACUGAGAGCAUGUUGUAUCAUGUUAAAUGUCACUCCAAUCGGAAGUGAUGCUUUGCUCAGAUUUCUCCUUCAGAUGAAACUUCGUGGUCUGCGUGCUGAUGAUAAGAUGAUCCAAAAAGAAGGCAUUGAAACACUAAGUAUUGCUGAGCUACAGGCAGCUAAUCGAGCUCGAGGUAUGAGAGCCCUUGGUGUCUCAGAGGAACGACUGAGAGAGCAGAUGCAGCAAUGGCUACAGCUUCAUCUGGAGGAAAAAAUCCCCACCUCCCUGUUGCUGUUGUCCAGGACUCUCUACCUACCAGAGACUCUAUCCACUGAGGAGAAGAUUGGAGCCACCAUCACACAGCUUGCUGUCACUGCUGCUGAUGAAGCUAAGAUUAAGGUGGCAGAGAUGUCUGGUGAAGAAGUGGACAACAAAACUAAACUGGAAAUUAUUAAACAUGAGGAAGCCAUCAUUGCUGCUGAAAAAGAGCAACUCGCUAAAGAAAUCAAGCAACUGGAAGAACAGAAUGUUAGAGAUAUGGCAGAAGCUAAAGCAGCUGAAACUCUUAUGGAGUCUAAACAACUUGGUUUAGAUGACACAGCUAGAAUAUUAGAACCCAGUCAGAAGGAAGUUUUGAUAGAUCAUGCAGAGGUUAUGCAGACUUCUCCAAGUGAAAGUUUUAAAACCACACCUGAAAUCACAACCAAGGAUCUUGAUGAAAUGGAAUCUGUCCUUGAGGAAAUAGCUAAAGAAAGGAAAAUAAACAUUGCACAGGAUGCAUUGAAAGGCUUAAAGGAUGAAGUUUCUGAAUAUAAAGAGGAUUUGGAGGAUCUGAAGGAUGUUGCAGUGGUUUAUGGCGCAGAUGAAAAAGAAUUUGGGGAGUCCAAGGCUGCCAGAAGAUUAGCCAAGAAAGUUGACCGCAUGAUUUCACGAUUAGACACAGUUGUGACCAGUCUUCAAGAAGAGAAGAGUAGCAUACAGGAAAAGAUCUCAAAGGUGGAGAAAAAUCUGCAAGAAAAUGUUGAGACUGCCAACCUUACUCAGGAACAGCUUGGUGAAUUCAAGUCAAAUAUCAUUUCAAUAAAUGAGAUGAUGGAGGCGUUAAAGAGGUUAAAGAAAGUCCCCAGUGAUUCCAAGCUGCAGCAUAUCUUUCAAGUCCUUGAUCAGGACAAGGAUGGGAGCAUAGAUAUCAACGAUGCCUUAAAGGUGCUGGAACAACUUAGUCAAGAACAUCUUAAGUUGAGCCCCACACAACUAGAUGAAGUACUCAAUUUAUUGAAACAUGAGGCCUUGCUAGAGGAGGAAGAGCGGAGGAAAGAAAAAGAAGAGAAAGAAAAAAGGGAAGCUGAAAAGCAAAAAGAACAACUUUAAGUAAAAGCAUAGAUUUGUAAUAUACAAAUAAUUUAAACUUGAAAUAAAAGAAUGAUAUUGUAAGAAUUUUUUUUAGAUAGUUUAGUACUUAUGAUGUUGGGGGAGAUUCUGCAAAUAUCUGUGUACAUUAGACUAGGCUUUAAGCACUCUGUUUUGUCUUUUAUGAUGAAGUGGAUUAUACAUUUUUUGCAGGUCUUUCAUUAGAUUUUAAUAUUGUACUUGUGUAGUUUAGCAUUUCACCUAUUUUACCCUCUCAAUGCUAGAAACUGUGAUGUAACCUGCGGUCUUUGUUGUGUGUUGACAUUACCAAUGACUGAACUUGUGUUUUGUUUACUGUAGAAAAAAUGUAAGCUUAUGAACUUUGUGUGCCAGUUUUCUACUUAUUGGCCUCUUGAUGUGUAUAUACUUGCUUCUUCUAUCUUGAUAAAUGUCACCCAAACUGCUGUCUAUUAUUUCUUGUGUAGAUUUAUUUUAGCCUAUAUGCAUUCAGAUACAUUGAUUACAUUCACCUAUACAAUAGUCUUUUAAUGAAAACAAUCAUUCCUACAUGGAGCGUAUUUAAGUACUAAUCAUUACAUUUUGAAGAUAGCUCAUACCUUGGUGCUAAAAGGACUUGUGUCUCAACAUUAGCAUCAACUUAAAACAUCGGUCUAAAUUGUUUUACUCAUUAAAAGCAUUUGCUUUAAAAUACACUCAAGUUUAUCAGGACAAACCUAACAUUUUCGGCUUGGUUACUAUAUAACGCAGAUAUGAUCAGAAUUUAACCAUCUGGAAAUAUACAUAAAAUUUAAGCAUUUGUUGUGGGCUAAAAGGUCACAUGCUUAGAUGACAAGGUUGUAACUUAAAGAUCUAUUUGGAGUUGUACAUAAAUAUAUUUUAUAGCAUUUGGUUAGGGGGCAGUAAAUUCUCUAGAAUUUAACUUGGCAUAUAUAUAUAUAUAUAUAUAUAUAUAUAUAUAUAUAUAUAUAUAUAUAUAUAUAUAUAUAUAUAUAUAUAUAUAUAUAUAUAUAUAUAUAAUUACACACACACAUAAACAUAUAUACUUAGACAUAUAAACAAGUACAUUACUAGCAUUUGCUAUCCACAACAAAUAACUUUUUCUGGGAGUAGUAUUUAAUGUAGCAUUUGCUGUUAGAUCAGUUUCUUUUAACUUAAUUCCAUAAUCUGUUAAUGAAUGCUUUUUUUACAAGAACCAUUUUAUAAGACAAAUAACCACACAUGGUUUAAAAAUCAAAUGUAAUUGUCUUAAAAUCUUUCCAUUUUUUUGCAAGCUGGUUUAAAAAAAUUCUUAACUACUUUUGCUUCUUAUUCUUCUUUUAUUUUUUCAUCUGCCACAUUUAAUUUGAAAUGCAUCUUGCGUUUCCAAAAUAUCCACAUCAAAAAUAACUCUACUGCCUUUAGCACACACAAAAAAAUUAACGAUAGAAUUAUUUUUUUUAGUUAAAUUUGUAUGAUUAGUUUUAAUGAUUUUUAUGAUGCUCAGAUAUUCUUAAUGUUAUUCUCCACAACUCAAUUUCUUACAAUGUGAUGAGUUUCUGAUAAGAACUAAGGAUUACUCAAAAAAUAUAUUUAAGUUCACCUUAUUAGAAACCCUUUAGUACAGUGCUUCAUAAUUUCUUUUUGACUUAUCCAUUCUUAAAUUAAAAAAUUGUUUGAAAGUAUCAAAAGUAUCUGUAAUAAUGAACACCCAUUAAUUUAACAGUUUUAAAAUGUUAUGAAUAAAUGGUAUGUUAAAUGUAUUUGUGUUGAAUAGAAAUCAGUUUUGCAAUCACAUAGUCAUAACUUAUUUUGCAAGAUCACAUUUACUUGCCCUAUUAGUAACUUAUGAUAAUAGCAAAAUUCUAUAAUAAGAUGGAUUAUAAUACAGACCAUUUAAUUUCUGCAUUAUCUAAGCACUGGAGCAGCUAAAGCAAUUUAUAACAAUUUAUACUUGUGUGUGAUCUAUUCCGGGCUUCUACCUCGUGUAGUAAUUUUAUUUUUAGCGCGUCAUUCAUUAACCAAUGUGUAAAUUUUUGUAUUCAGAAAAAACCCAGAUCUAUUUAGAUUUUAUUUUUUUGUAACUGCCCUUUUUAAUCAGCAGGUUGACAGUUUUUUUUACAGGUGGUAGUAGCUCUCUUACCUUAUAAAAAUUUACAAAUCUGGAAAUUAUCACCAUAAGGAUAUAUCUUAUUACUAACCUUUUUACAGUUAUUGAAGAAAAAAAAAUUGAAGAACUACUCGAUUUCUAAAUCAUUGAUUAAAAUAAGU